AAUAAGGUUACUUCCGCAUCUGAUAUCUGAUUCUCCAGUGGAAAUCUAUUGGACUGUCGUAACUAACGGCUUGGGCUGAUGUCCUUUCUGCCGAGGAACACAUAAAACACCAGGAUAGCGGCAACAGUAUUUUUUAUUCGUGACUCUCCUUCUCAGCAACUCACACGCAGCCUGGCGCACUCUCUAGAAGUGAACAGGCAAGAUGACACCAUUUUCUGAGAAUAUGGUUUCUGUCCCACUCUGGAUACCAAUCGUAAUCCUUUUUGGUUCUCUCUGUGAUGGCGGCAAAAUCUUGGUGGUGCCUUUGGAGGGAAGUCACUGGGUGAACAUGGACAUCAUCAUCAAGGCUUUACAUAGUAAAGGACACAGCGUUGAUGUACUACGCACCUCAAAUAGCUGGUUCAUCAAGGAGAAUUCAACUUAUUACGGCUCUAUAACCAUACCUAACACCAAAGGAAUGGAUGAAGAAUUUGUAGAAGACAUGCUUUCCAAAGAAAUCAACUAUAAAAGAGGAAAGAGCAAUUGGCUGGGCCUUGUUAGGCUUUAUUUGGAUACACUUAAUUACGUUUACAAAAUGCAUGAAAUGAUAUGUCAGCUUAUAACAAACAUGUUUGAAAGUGAGGAAAUUAUGAAGACACUGAAGGAAAAGCAAUAUGAUCUGGUGCUCACUGAUCCGGUGUGGGGAGCAGGCAUUUUCCUGGCUCAUAAAUUCAAGUUACCCAUGGUAUAUAAUGUGAGAUGGACCACUCCUGGAGAGGGACAUUUUGAGAUCUCUCCCUCACCGCUGUCUUACAUCCCUAUCACAAGAUCUGGAAACACAGACAAAAUGAACUUUUUUCAACGAGUACAAAAUAUUUUCUAUUAUUUGAUAAUGUACUUUCAAUAUGGCUAUUUUAAUUUGGCACAGUACCAAGCACUUUGUGACAAAUAUUUCCAUCCACCUGUCCGUUUUUAUGAACUUCUCCAAAGCGCUGAUAUAUGGCUCAUGCGGAUUGAUUUUAUUUUUGAAUUUCCACGUCCAACAAUGCCAAAUAUCAUCUACGUUGGCGGUUUCCAGUGCAAACCAGCGAAGGCUCUUCCACAUGACCUGGAAGUCUUCAUGCAAAGUUCUGGAGAGCAUGGAGUCAUUAUCAUGUCUUUGGGGGCAUUUAUCAGUGUCUUACCAGAUGAGAUAACAGCAGAAAUAGCGGCAGCUUUUGCUCAGCUCCCUCAAAAGGUGAUUUGGAGAUACACUGGAAAAAGACCAUCUACUUUGGGCAACAACACAUUACUGGUUGACUGGAUGCCACAGAACGAUCUUUUAGGGCAUCCAAAGACUAAAGUUUUUAUUGCACAUGGUGGAACCAAUGGGGUUCAAGAAGCUUUGUAUCAUGGCAUUCCAGUGGUUGGAAUUCCACUGUUUUUUGACCAGUACGACAAUCUUGUUCGAUUACAAGACAGGGGAGGAGCCAAGAUCAUUUCUCUCGCAACUUUAGAUCAAAACGCACUGCACGCAUCUCUACAAGAAUUAAUCAAUGAUCCAUCCUAUAGGCUGAAUAUGCAGAGACUGUCUCAUCUGCACAGAGACGCGCCAGUUAAACCUUUGGACACCGCGCUCUUCUGGAUUGAGUUUGUAAUGAGACACAAAGGUGCUGCUCACCUUCGUUCAGAAUCCUACAAACUUCCUUGGUACUCCUAUCACUCAGUAGAUGUUGCAGUUACAUUAUUUGCAGUUGUUUUGAUAUUCACUCUCUCUGUAUUUUUAACAGUUAAAUAUCUGUGUGUCAAGUGCUGCAGCAGAAAAAGGAAAACUGAGUGAUACAUUUGCAUAUCUUAGAUGUGUGUCCUAUUCUUUAUUACUAAUGUAAUGAGCAGCACACUAAACUUGGUACAGAAAUUAUAAUGACAUAAUGCAGAAUCUUGUCUGAAAAGCCUUUUUGGGUCACACUCUACAUACUGUCUUUAUUAAUCAUUGUACCAGUUCAGUGUGCUGCUCAUUACAUAAGUAGUAAAGAAUGGGACAUACAUGCAUUUACCAACACACUGCAUCUUACCGAAAAAAACGUCUUCCUGUAUGCUUUCACUAUUCCUUAAUCCUCCCUUGCUGUACUAUUCUAAACAAUAUCUGAAAACUUUGUAUUACUUGAACUUUGUGUGUUUAUUUUCACUUUAUGAUCAAUCACUUGGUGUAUUUCUCAUUUGUUAAUCACUUUGGAUAAAAGGCCUGCUAAAUGAAUCAAUGUAAAUGUCUUUUAGGAAGCAGGUAUGGUAAUUCUGUAAUGCAAAAUAAUCAGAAUUAACUCAGAAUCUCAGACAAUUCAGACUUUCAUGUUUAAUUUCAAUGGGAUAUACAGAAUAAUAAAAUUUGAAUUAUGCUUUCCUAUGUACUAUAGUUUUAUUUUUUAUCAAAUGUUUUAUGUAUCUGAAUUUGUCUUAAUAGUGAUCUUCUUAACAGAAAAACAUUACUUAAACAAUUUUGAAUAUUCACAUUACUCAAAUUGU